AUAAAUAACAACAAAAAUUACGCUUGGCUCUUAGUUAAAAAUGUUUUCGCUUUUGAACCUCAGGUCUCUAUACUGCCUGCAUUUUGUUAUAGGUAAGUUGAACUAAUGUGCAUCAGAUGGUAGCAAAAUCUGGUAAUUUAUCAAAUGGCGCAUGGUCAAGUUAUGCAUAACGCGGUCCAAUUUAAAAGGUUUUUUCUUACAUUCGGGACAUUUCGGUACGUAACGAGCACCAAAUUUAAAAAUAAACUUUUUAUCGUAUCAACUAUUAAAGAUUUUUUUAAUAAUUUCAACAGGUUAAACUUAAUUUCUUAAAAUAAAAAUCACAAGGAAAGCUAGCGAUAGUGAUUAUUUUGUAGACCUACAGAGUCCACUUGUCAACUGGAUUAUAAACGCCGGAUGACGGUGUUUUUAUAGUGAUGGGGAAAUUUGUUUGAAUUAUUUGGCCUGGCCUGUGCAAAAUCGGUUCAUUUUCCAAACAUAUGCCCAGCAUAAUUAUUCAUAUUCAUAUCAAAUUUGUUGUCAAAUCAUGGUCAAAUUAAAAAGUUUACUAAAAAAGUGGGAAGAACAUUUACAUUCAUUUGAAUCAUUUUAAACCGAAUAUAUGGUUUUUGUUGACUCUGUGGAACAAUAAAUAAUGUACAAUUUAUUAGAAUUAUAUUUUGGAAGUCACUGUGUUCAAUGUAUCUUGGGAAUGAUCUAGAUAUAUUUCCGCCGAAACAACAUUCUAGAGACGACGAGGAAAUUUGAAGAAAUUCACUAUACGUCUAUACGAGUACUUUGUCAUCCGUACUUUAAAAAAUUUACUGCUCAACCCAAAAGUGUAACGAUAGCUCUAACCUGUGUUGCAGACUGCAUAUUUUAAAGAUCUAUGUCUCGUUUGUAAUACCUUAUCAUUUUACAAUAAGAGUAUUUUAUCUCAUUUAAAGAUCUUGCACAUCGUACACAACAUACUCAGUCAUAUCCGUUGAGUAUUUACAUAAGGGCUAGUAAAGAUGGUGCAAAUAGAGGGGAAAUACGUAUGUGAAAAAAAUGAAAAUUUGAAUGAAUUUUUCAGCUCUAUUGGCAUACCAUUUGUGCCAAGAAAAAUUAUGUGCAACUCCAGCCCUUCUAUGGAAAUAAAAAAAGAAGGGGAGAAGUGGACUAUAACUACAAUAACCUUGUUCAGAACUGCAGUUACUGAAUUCAAACUUGGCGAGGAGUAUGAGGAAGAUAUGCCUGGUGGAAAGCUUCGGGUAAUAAAAGAAAAAAUAAACAGAGAGCAUUUGACAGAACAUAACGAAUUACUUCAAAACAAAGCAAAAUUCAUGUUAACAUACAAUAUUUCAGUGUGUCACCACUAUGGAAGGUGAUAACAAGUUAGUUACAAAUACCAAAGCACAAAAUGGUACAACAGUUACCAGGACUUAUGAGUUUACUGAUGAUCAAUGUCUAAUUACAUACCAGCAUGGAGAAACUGGCACAAUUGGAAAAAGAUACUUCAAGAGAACUUAAUGCACAAUUUGAGUAUACAAAAAUAAAAGCAAGGCUAAAGUUCAUGAACUUCCAACAUCUCAUUCAUUUAUAUUUUUCAUUUUAGUAUUCAAAUAAUACUUAAAAUGUUAUUCAUAUCAACAUUCAAUUCUUAAAUUACAAUUGUUUAAUGUGAAUAUAGGACUAUGAAAAUGAAAGUGCUAUUUGGUCUUUUAUAAGUGGCAGAAUAGUGCUAUGCUAAACUUUGCCCCUAAUCAAGAUGAUUAUUAUUGUUAUUAUUAUGUUAAUGUAUUGUACAUAUACCUUUCUUUUCACUUUGUUGAACUUGUGAUUUUGAGUAUUGUAUUUAAAGGUUAUUAUUAUGUUUUAUACCUAACAAAUAAACUUGCAUGUGUAAUUUCACAUUUCCUACCUGAACGUAUCAGGUGUUAUAUAUCUUUCAUCUAAAAUGUGUAUAUGUAUAUCUGUAAUGUAUGUAUGGUGUAUAUUUGGUAAGAUGUUUAUCUAAUAAAGCACUGGUGUAAUUAUUGUAAUA